CAACAGCAAGCGUAGAAAGUGAUUAGGUAUCAACCCACUCCUCGAAGACAUUUAUAUAACUCUCUCCAGAGAGAUAAAGUUUUAGUUCUUGUACGACAGUGCAGUUCAUCUAUUGGGUCAAGUUUCAUCGGACGUACAGAAAUGCGCUUCAUUCUCAACAUAGCCCUCUGGGCGGUGUUCAUGAUAUGCAGAAGUACAGCUGAAGAAGCUUCUUGGUCUUGGUCAGACGACAAGAAUCAAGGAGCCAUGAAUAUAAACGAACAAUUCGAUCAAGAUAAGGCAGGGAGCGAAACCAGUGAAAAAGUGGUGAAUUUGAACGACACUCAGAUUGGUCAAAUAAUAGACGACAUACUCGAUUCUGGUCGGCAAGGAAGGAGUUUAGAUGGUUUUGAUGAGGUGUACGCCGAUCCGAAUGUACAGGAUGCUCUGCAGAAAGGGGAUGACGGUGAAGCAAGAAAUAUUAUCAAGGAUAGGCUGUGCUAUCUUGGACUAAUGCAGUGCGAGGAAGACAUCGAAGGCAAGCGCCCUUUCAUAGCACCAGAAGACCUACAAUACGCCCAACCCGUGGCAAUCAACCCUAUAGGAAGACCAAUCCCCACAAUCCCCAUCAGAGGACCAAAAAGAGGCACCUAUGGACCCCCAAGACCCGUCAACCUACCUCCCCAUGGUGGGAAAUUCCCUCCAAACUUCGCCCCACCAAACAGAUUCGGUCCUAACCUAAAUACCAACCCCAACAAACCACCUCGUCGUGGUUACGGUACACCAAGCAAACCCUUCUAUGGAAACAAACCCCCAGGUCCAGUUUACAAGCCCGACGAGGAGUUCGUUCAGCCGAUAGAACCCGACACUCCAUAUCCUUUCGAGAUUGGCGCCCAAACCAGUCAUUCUGAAUCCCAUUUCCAGUCAUCCUUCCAUAAGGACAAAAUAUUCCCUGGCGAUAAGGCAGGAUCCAAGAGCGACUCUUUCGGAGCUCCAGUCCAACACGUCCACCAUCAUUACCACCACAACUCCGAAACUGGAGACAAAACGGUCAUUGUGAAACCCGUACCUGUACCUGUGCCAGUUUCCUCUUCCUCGAACUCAUACGAAAGCUUCAGCUCAAACUCUGGAACUCAUCUUGCGUUCAAGCCCUCUGUUCAGAUUGGCGGUUCUGGUCUAUAUGGAAGUCACUCUUCCGGAGGAUCUAGCUUGAAUUCAGGUCUGUAUGGUAGUCAAUCCUCUGGAGGAUCUAGCUUGUAUGGAAGUCAAUCUUCUGGAGGCCUUACAAUCGGUGGAUCUGGACUGAAUUCGGGUUCCUAUGGUGGUCAUUCUUCAGGAGGAUUAACAAUUGGUGGUUCAGGUUUCAACUCUGGCUCAUACGGAGGUCAGUCUCUGGCUAGUUAUGGUGGAAGUAGUGGAAAUUAUAAGCCUGUUACAGAAAACUUUGGAGGCCAAAGCUCUGGUUCUAACCAAUAUGGAUCCAGUAAUUACGGAUCUUCCUUUGGACAAUACAGCACCAACGAUUUCUACAAGAAAGAAUUGAACUUGAACGGAAAUACCUUAACUACCAAUUACCUCCAAGGAGCGUAUUCCGAUAAGUACAACAAUCAGUUCGGAAAUUCCGACGAUUGCGUUUGUGUUCCGGUAAAUCAGUGUCAAAACCAAGACGUAAUUGGACGUAAAGACGAUUUGUACCUUGCUAUUGAUCCAAGGAAUAUUAAGAGCGAUAUCGAAGCUGAAGAAGAGCGUGUUAUUACCGACGGCAAUGGUACCAUGACGGUGGUAACAGUUCCAGUUGGAUCUAGCCUGAAUGCUACCGAGCUUAAAUCUGAUAAAAACCACACCGAGGAAGUCAAGAAGAUAAGUAAGAGGGAAGCUCCAGUUUACAACACCAAUUCGAACAAAACCUCAGCCAAAGCAGAAGCACGACAGUAUGGUCAAAAUGUCAUGAGCAAUUUCAUGAACAAAAUCAAGCCAACAUUCGGAGUAUCCUUUGGUUUACCACAUCAAGGUGUUGGUGGGUAUCCCAUAAGUCCUUAUGGUCCUAACCCAUUAGUGAACCCCUAUGGAGGGGUUAUUGGAGGCGGUGGUAUCAAUCUAGGUUUGGUCUCCGUGAACCCUUUGAUAUCAGUACAAGUCACAAAGGAUGACUAUGGGCAGAAAGAAGUCAAACCUUUCAUAAACCUUCACGUCACUCCUAAUAACUACCUUCUCCAUAAAUUCGAGGAUCUGAUACAUUACAAGAAAGGUUAUAUUUACAACAAGCACAAGCAUAUACAUUUACACAAGCCUCUCUACAACCCUCAUGGGUACCCUUAUCAUCCUCAUCCUGAGGUAUACAGGCCAUAUCCCCCGAAUUUUGCUGUCAGACCCCACCCUGAGAUAUACCGACCUUAUCCACCAAAUUUUGAUGUGGAACCGGAAUAUGAGGGCCCACAUUUUGCUGGACCAGUACAUAAGCAUCCUGGAUUUGGGGGUCCCCCUAUUGCUGAUGAGUAUCCUGGUCCUGUCGAAUAUGAAGGUCAUAAUCCAGGGUCUUAUUACGAUGAUCCAUCCAAUUACGGAGGGGCAUAUUCUGGAUACGAUAACUUUUAUGGCAGAACUGCCACGAAUUACUCAAAUAAUCACUUGAAUAUAGUGAAUGGGAAUGGAAUCAAGGAUCAAUAUUUCAAAAACUAUAAUGGGGGACAGAAAAAUUACGGGGUUUAUGACGAACAACACCAAUAUUUAUCUAAUGGCUAUGAGACUGAGAACAGUCCAGAUAGAUUAUCGGAUACUUCGAGGCGUGGUAAAUCUUUGCAUUCCACGAAUACAAUUACAUUUCCGACAAACAGAAGACGACGAGACGCAACUUUUGAGACAGAACAGAAAAUACAAAAGCGUCAAGGUUACUUUGGUGGUCAACAGAUCUGCGGCCCAAGACACGUUUGCUGCAGGAGACCACGCCAGCAAAAUCACAUCAACAGCUUCGGAUCCAAGCAGUGCGGUGUGAGGCAUUCAACAGGGAUAAAUGGAAGGAUAAAGACCCCUGUUUACGUUGAUGGCGAUAGUGAAUUCGGAGAGUAUCCAUGGCAGGUUGCUAUCUUGAAGAGAGACCCCAAGGAGAGUGUUUACGUCUGCGGUGGAACUCUUAUUGAUGCACUUCAUAUCAUCACAGCAGCUCAUUGCGUCAAAACCUAUACAAAUUAUGAUUUGAGGGUCAGACUAGGAGAAUGGGAUGUGAACCACGACGUUGAAUUCUAUCCAUACAUCGAGAGAGACAUUUCAGCUGUCACCGUUCAUCCAGAAUUUUACGCCGGUACACUCUACAACGAUGUCGCCAUACUUCGUAUGGACAAACCUGUGGACUACAAUAAAUAUCCCCACAUCAGCCCGGCUUGUCUUCCAAGUCCCAGGGACGACUACACUGGUACCAGAUGUUGGACCACUGGUUGGGGUAAAGACGCUUUCGGAGAUUUCGGAAAGUACCAGAACAUUCUUAAAGAGGUGGAUGUACCAAUAGUUGGUCAAGCCCAGUGCCACAGACAGCUACAACAGACUAGAUUAGGAUACGAGUUCAAACUGCACCCUGGUUUCAUCUGCGCCGGUGGUGAAGAGGGUAAAGAUGCCUGCAAGGGAGACGGGGGUGGUCCAUUGGUUUGCGAGAGGGGCGGAACCAUGCAGUUGGUCGGUGUUGUCAGUUGGGGUAUCGGAUGUGGGCAGUAUGGAGUACCCGGCGUUUAUGUCAGGGUCAGCCAUUAUCUCGACUGGAUCCGACAAGUAACUCAGAUCUAUUGAGUUUGUGAUAAAUGAGUGGUUAGGUUUUAAGAAGACAAUUGUUCAUAGCUGAUUAUUUAUGCUUUUGUAGGUUUAUUUAAACUAUUUAUUCAUGCUUUUUAUUAUCAGUUUCAAAAUCGAUUUUGAUUUGACAACUGAAUAUACAGUAAUGCCGUUGUGCAUAUUUUUUAUAAAGUUAUUGAAAAUAAAUGUGAAAUAUUUGA